AGGGAACGUUAAAAGAGAAGACGGUUGAGAACUUGGAGAAGUACGUGGUGAGAGAUGGGAAGCUUCCUCUCCUCCUCAGCCGGAUGAAUGAAGUGGCCAAAGUUUUCUUAGCAACCAACAGUGACUACAAAUACACAGAUAAAAUCAUGACUUACCUGUUCGACUUCCCACACGGUCCAAAGCCGGGUACCGCCCACCGACCCUGGCAGUCUUACUUUGAUCUGAUCCUUGUGGAUGCCAGGAAGCCGCUGUUCUUUGGGGAGGGGACGGUGCUCCGACAAGUCGACACGACUACAGGACGCCUAAAAAUAGGAACCUACACGGGACCCCUGCAGCAUGGAAUAGUGUACUCUGGAGGUUCUUCAGACAUUGUGUGUGACUUGCUGGGGGCCAAAGGAAAGGACAUUUUAUACAUUGGGGACCACAUCUUUGGAGACAUCCUCAAGUCCAAGAAACGUCAAGGCUGGAGGACGUUCCUGGUUAUACCUGAACUGGCCCAGGAGCUGCACGUCUGGACCGACAAGAGCUCCUUAACCACCCUCUGCAGAGCCACGCUCUCAGCAGCAGUGCAGAUCCGCAGCUUCCUGAGGAAGUAG